AUGGGACCUGCUCUCCUCGCCCUCUCCUUCCUGUGGACCAUGGCCUUGACUGAGGACACCUGUCCAGCUCUGCCUUCUGGGGGAGGCUCUGGGCCCCUCUGCAUCGUGGCCACGCUGGAGUACAUUGCUCUGAACUCAGAACCCAGGAUGGCUUCCAAAAACCCUAGUGGGCCCCAUGGCCUGAGCCUGCUCGUGGUGGACCAGGGGACCAGGGCAAUGAUGGGUCCCGUGGAGAAAGGCCCCAAUGCCCGAGGGGUGAGGACAGACCAAGGCCCCAGCAGAGCUGAAAACCUCACUUCCCAGCCACUGUUGGGCCAGGCACUGAGUGGGCGCCUGUGUUUCUCUGCAGAGGUGAAGGUGGUGGGCCUGGAGGGCUCUGACAAGCUCACCAUUCUCCGAGGCUGCCCGGGGCUGCCCGGAGCCCCAGGGCCAAAGGGAGAGGCAGGCACCAAUGGAAAGAGAGGAGAACGUGGCCCCCCUGGACCCCCUGGGAAGGCAGGACCACCUGAGUCCAAGGGAGCACCUGGGGAGCCCCAGCCAUGCCUGACAGGCCCACGCACCUGCAAGGACCUGCUAGACCGAGGGCACUUCCUGAGCGGCUGGCACACCAUCUACCUACCUGACUGCCGGCCCCUGACUGUGCUCUGUGACAUGGACACGGACGGAGGGGGCUGGACUGUUUUCCAGCGGAGGGUGGACGGCUCUGUGGACUUCUACCGGGACUGGGCCGCGUACAAGCAGGGCUUCGGCAGUCGGCUGGGGGAGUUCUGGCUGGGGAACGACAACAUCCACUCCCUGACCGCCCGGGGAACCAGUGAGCUCCGUGUAGACCUGGUGGACUUUGAGGACAACCACCAGUUUGCUAAGUACAGAUCGUUCAAGGUGGCCGACGAGGAGGAGAAGUACAAUCUGGUCCUGGGGGCCUUUGUGGAGGGCAGUGCGGGUGAUUCCCUGACGUCCCACAACAAUAACUCCUUCUCCACCAAAGACCAGGACAAUGACCUUAACACUGGAAAUUGUGCUGUCAUGUAUCAGGGAGCUUGGUGGUACAGAACCUGCCAUGUGUCAAACCUGAAUGGUCGCUACCUCAGGGGGGCUCAUGACAGCUUUGCAAAUGGCAUCAACUGGAAGUCGGGGAAAGGAUACAAUUACAGCUACAAGGUGUCAGAGAUGAAGGUGCGACCUGCCUAGCCCAGGCCAGCCUCAGGGUCAGGACGCCUCCACACAUAGUUGGUGGGGGGUAGGGUUGGGAGCUUGGCCCUAGGAUUUGUAAAAGAAACACGUGUCGUGAUUCUAAAUUGCGUUUGUGUUGCUGUGCGGAAGAGGUUCAAAUCCUGCUCUGUUUCCACAAUCAGCCCUUCCAGAUUUGUGACAUUAACACACCUCAAACCUCUGUUUUUCCUUGGCAACGAGUAAGAAUGUGUUUCUGACCAGGCCAGCAGGAACCUUCCUUAAGAACAAAUAAAAGACUUUGACGCUGCGAUGGGCUCAGAGUGCAGCCGUGCUCGGGUCCCUGGGCAGGCUAAAUGCCUUCCUGGGGCUUGACCAUCUGGGCUUCUCUGUGAGCUGGAUGGUGGGGAAGUGAGAAGGCGCAUUGAAGAGGAAGUUUCUCCUGCACUCAGAGAUGCUGUUGCCUGUCCAAGGCCCCCAGCCUCCCAGCUGCAGCUCUGCCCACUCACCCCCGUCACCCAGGCUUCCUGCCGCCCGCUCCGUUGGGUAUUCGUGGGACCUGCUCGCUACUUCCUCACAAGCCAAAGCAAGAGUGGCUUGUGUGCCUGUGACUCCCUCAUCUCCCUCAUCAAAACGGAGAGAGCGGUUACAUAAGGCAGGUGCGAGGGACCCAAGCACUCCUGAGGGGGUUAGAACCCUUCUUUUGGCCAUGAGUGUCCAGCCCAAAGCUGCCCUGCAGCUGAGUCCAGUGCAGUUAGAAUCAGAAAGCCAAGGCCCCUUCCACCUGCUUUUCUCGGGCAAGCCGCCUGUAAGAGAGCAAAGUGUAUUAGCGCAGGAGCUUGUGUCUGCUGAGGACGGCACCUGGCCCUCUCCUCUCGCCACCUCCUGGUCCUCCUGAGGACCCAACCCCUGUCCCCAGUCCCCGGCCAGCUCAGCCUGAUGAGGCUUUCGGAGGCUCCGCACCCCAGCAUCGGCCAGUGCUGACCCUUGUACGGCUGUUUGGGUCCCUGAUCCUUCUCAUAACAGCCCUGCCCUUGUCCUCUACCCUCUACUCAGAGAGGAUCCAGAAGGGUCCAAGGAGGCCAUGAUCCCUCCCUGAGCUUUUUAAUGUGGGCCCCCUCCUUCCCCUACAAGGGUCCCUCCUGGGUCUUAGCUGGUCUAAGCCCCACACAAGUCAUGGGGAGGGCUGAGUGUCUGGGACUUCUGGGGGGAUGUGCACCCUUUCCUCUGAGUUCCUGGAGGAACUGCGCACCAUGAAGAUCAGGGCUCACCCUCCGUGAGCCAUCCCUACCUUCCCUCCUCACUCUGGGUUCAAGGCCUGGGAUGAGCCAGGACAGGGGGAACCAGGGACAGCCCUGGGCAUGGCCCUUCCUUCCUGGGCCCGCAGGAGGGGGCCACACCACCCACCCAGGGGGCUGACCCGUCCUCAGGACAGAAACUAGCAAGUUGUCAAACCUGAGGGUUUAUAACUAAAUGAUGGGGUGCUGCCCCAGGAAAUUACACCCAGACGUCUCUUUCCUCAUAGACCUGGGUCCCUAGCUUUUAGACAGGAUGACACAUCAUUGGCAGGUACUGACUUUACAUGCAUUGCAGCCUCACACUUCAGCCAUUCACUGCCAGGCAGUCUUCUAGGGCAGCAAAGAGCUCAGCCACACACCCCAGGCCACAGUCAGGAUGAGACCUCCCUUCAGAGGGGGGGACUCCCCUCAGCGCCGUCCACCCCCCAUUCUGGGCAUUUCAAUCUCCAAUAGCAGACUGAAAUGAGGAAAACAUGCACCUCACUCAACUGUAAAGGGAGGAACUGGGAAUUCCUCUCAAAUCCUGACCCUCGAGUUCUAGAAACGGGGUCCUCUCUGGAAUCUAUGAUGGCAUCAUUCUGAAAGGCAAAAAUAAAGCUAUGAAAUAAAGAAAUAUGUUUAGCCUGACAAGCCAGAGAUUUUUUAAAAUACUGUUUUUAAAAUUUUCUUAAUUGAGAGAUGAGCUAAAAAGUAACUUUUUCUAAAUAUUUAAUGUAGCUUUGCUAUACUUUAUAAAUACUCUCAAACUUUGGGGGUUUUGUUGGGAUAAGAAAAAGUACUUGUAAAAAUGCAGUCAGUAUGUCAGGGGGCUUGUGUGGUUAACACAGCACAGAGAGGUCAUGGAGGCGUAUGUAAUUAACCUAAUGUGACAUAAACGUAUUUGCAUGACACGUGCAUCACAUGUGUAUAUGUGUGUAUGCGUGCACCUGCGGGGCCUCUGGGAGGUGUAACUGAGGUGGGCAUCAGAAGGGCUCUGUAGAACCAGCUGGCACUGGGCAGGUGCCUGGAGCUGCAGGUGCCUGCUUCUCCCAUCUCCCGAGAGACCUGGCUCCUGCAUGUCACCAGCGCUACCUCGGGGUGUCUGGCUCCCUCCAGAGCAGGGGGCUGAGCCAGGUUGGGGCCUGAGCCAAGGUCAAGAGCGUCCCCAGGGCUGGGCUGUCCCUGUCCCUCUGCUGGGGACCACCGCCUCCCUUCCUGAUUUUCAGAGGUCUCAGGCCACUGCUGUCAGGAGGGCUGGAAGAAGGGACAGCACCUGGCAGUGGGCCUGUGCCCACUAGACCCUAGAUUCUUACCUAUAACUGUGGUUUCCGUGGUCAGGCUGGGGGUGACACAGGCGUUCGAGCCAGACUCCAUCUUGAAUAGGGGCUGAGUGAAAUGAGGCUGAGACCUGCUGGGCUGCAGUCCUAGGAGGUUAGGCAUUCUUAGUCACAGGAGACUGGCAGGAUGGGUAUCACAAGAUACAGGUCAUAAAGACCCUGUUGAUAAAACAGGAUGCGGGAAAGAUGACAGCCAAAUCCUACCAAAACCAAGAUGGUGACAAAAGUGACCUUUGGUCGUCCUCACUGCUCACCAUAUGCUAAUUAUAAUGCAUUCGCAUGUUGAAAGACACUCCCAUGAUGGUUUACAAACACCACGGCAACUUCCGGAACUUACCAUGUAUAGUCUAAAAAAGGGAGGGACCCUCGGUUCCCUGCCCCUUUCUUGGAAAACUCAUGAAAGAUCCACCCCUUGUUUAGUAUGUUAUCAAGAAAUAACUAUAAAAAUAGCCAGUUAGCAGUCCUCAGCGCUUCUCUGCCUAUGGAGUAGCCAUUCUUUUGUUUCUUUACUUCUCUAAUAAACUUGCUUU